AAUAACCCUAAGCCCCCUACUGCACUUUACACCUUACCUACACAUGUUUCUAGGCUCCUGUCAUGUGACUUCACAGAUUAACACUAAAUUACAAAUUAAAAGUCUGUUCUCAGUUUGUUUAUUUGUUUUGUGGCCCUUAGAUAAAAGUCUUCAAACUUUUCACUAACUUCACACAGGAAAUGUAUACGUGUGGUUUUGGGACACUUCAUGUCUUAUGUUUCAGACAUUUUCACACAUAGUGGGCUUUUCAUGUGUUUCAUAUGUUGUUGUUGUUGUUGUUGUUGUUGUUGUUGUUGUUGUUAUUAUUAUUAAUUUACAAAUUUUUCAUGUAUUUUUGGGGGCAUGGUGGCUUAGUGGUUAUCAAGCUUGCCUUGCUCUUCCAUGGUUGCGGGUUUGAGUCCCGCCUCCGCCCUGUGUGUGCGGUGCUUGCAUGUUCUCCCAGUGCUUCGGGGGUUUCCUCCGGGUACUCCAGUUUCCUCCCCAGUCCAAAGACAUGUGUUGUAGACUGAUUGACAUUUACAAAUUGUCCGUAGUGUGUGAACGUGUUUAUGAUUGCGCCCUGCAAUGUGCUGGCACCCUGUCUAGGGAGUCCCCUGCCUCGUGCCUCAAGUCCCCUGGGAUAGGCUCCUGGCUCCCCGUGACCCUGUGUAGGAUAAACGGUAAGGAUUAUGGAUGGAUGGAGGUUAUAAGCUGUUUAACACUUGCUGUAUAGAAUGAUAUUAUACACCAUUCCCUGUAUGAAGACACAUGCAGUUCGCACGGAGGUGGAGAACAUCAAGGAGGCAAGCCUCGCAUAAUUGUUUGCCUGUGUGUGUGCGCGCGCGCUCGAGUGCGCGCGCACACGUCUGUGUGCGUGCGUGUGUGUGUGUGUGUGUGUGUGUGUGACAGAGAGAUGGGUUGAGAGCUCGAUGUCUCAGCGAUACUCGCUGCUGCUGCUCAUUUCUUUUUUUUCCAGGCUGGAGUUCGGGCUUGGAUAGACACAGACAGACAGAGAGAGAGAGAGAGAGAGAGAGAGUGAGAGAGAGAGAGAGAGAGAGAGAGAGAGAGAUGGGCUCCGCGUCCUCCGCUUACAGGAUCAUCUACCUGGACGUGGACGGCAGGAUUCAGAAGGUGGUUUUCAGCCGGUUCUGUAGUCCCUGUGAUAUCAAGGACCUCUUUUGCACAGCCAUGGGGUUGCCCAGGAAUACAUCCAUUUCCCUCCUGGACUCAACUGGAGCUAUGGUCUCCAUCGACCCCACCAUGCCAAGCAACUUGGAGAGGUCGCCAUACAAGGUGGUUCCCCUCACUGGAGGGCAGCUGGCUGAUAAAGAAGAACUUUUUCAGAAUGUAUUGACUCAGGUAGCGGAGCAGUUCUCCAGGGCUUUUAAGAUAAAUGAGCUGAAGUCUGAAGUGACGAACCGCUUGGCCAUGUUGGAGAAAAGAGUGGAAUUGGAAGGGAUGAAGGUGGUGGAGAUUGAGAAAUGUCGCAGUGACAUUAAGAAGCUAAGGGAGGAGAUGGCCUCCAGGAACAACAGCAGUUUCCUGGAUGACAACAAGAAGCUGACUCCUCGCAGAGAUGUGCCUUCUUACCCAAAGUACAUGCUCUCGCAGCAGACCAUAGAUGCCCUCAGAAAACCCGCCUUCGAUGUCUGGCUGUGGGAAUCCAAUGAGAUGCUCAGUUGUCUUGAGCACAUGUAUCAUGAUCUGGGUUUGGUCACAGACUUCAACAUCAACCCUAUUACGCUGAAGAGAUGGCUGCUCUGCAUUCAUGACAACUACAGGAACAACCCAUUCCACAACUUCCGCCACUGUUUCUGCGUCACACAGAUGAUGUACAGCAUGAUCUACCUCUGCAGCCUACAGGAAAAGUUUACACAGGUGGAUAUUCUGAUCCUCAUGACUGCAGCUGUGUGUCAUGAUCUAGAUCAUCCUGGAUACAACAACACGUAUCAGAUAAAUGCACGGACAGAGCUGGCAGUGAGGUAUAAUGAUAUUUCUCCUCUGGAGAACCACCACUGUGCCGUAGCCUUUCAGAUCUUCUCUCAGCCAGACUGUAACAUCUUCUCCAACUUUGAUGCUGAAGCCUUUAAACAGAUCCGUCAGGGCACCAUCACUCUGAUACUAGCUACAGACAUGGCUCGGCAUGGCGAGAUCCUCGACUCCUUCAAACAGAAGGUGGAGACCUUUGACUUCACCAAUGAGGAGCAUGUCACCUGUUUGAAGAUGGUGCUGAUUAAGUGCUGUGACAUCUCCAACGAGGUUCGGCCGAUGGAGGUGGCCGAGCCGUGGGUGGACUGUUUGCUUGAGGAGUACUUCAUGCAGAGUGACAGGGAGAAGGUGGAAGGCUUACCCGUCGCUCCCUUCAUGGACAGAGAAAAGGUCACUAAGCCCACGGCUCAGAUCGGCUUCAUUAAGUUCGUCCUCAUUCCCAUGUUCGAGACAGUGAUGAAGCUGUUUCCUCAGAUCGAGGAGGUGAUGGUUCAGCCACUCAGAGAAUCACGAGACAGAUAUGAAGAACUCAAACAGAUUGACGAUGCCAUGAAUGAGGUCCAGAAAAAGAAGAGUGAGAACCUCACCAUGGGAGGGAAAAAGAAAUGAGUCGGGAUAAUCCGCUGAAUCUGAAUCUGGAUCCUGUAAAUUGGAAAGCUGAUGAAUGUAGAGUGACAUGUUGGAAAUCUUCCCAGACAAUCCAAAGCCUCUUUCAGGGAAUGUGAAUUUUAAUCAGCGCACACACAAGACACCUGACAUUAUUCCAUAGCUAUUAUUCUCUAUUUGCCUUGUUUUUAUUUGGUUUUAUAUAUAUAUAUAAGAUAUAUUAUUCGGGUUGUACAGAUUUUUAGUCACUUUUGUCCUUUAUUACAAAAAUAAAAAGUUUUAAGUAUACUUUUUUUUUGUCGCAUGAUACUUUAGGGUGAACUUUGUGGCUGUUUGUGGCAUUUGCUAGUUCUUUAAAUGCUUCACUGCAAAAAAUGUCAUCUUUGCAAGUGAAAAUACCUUGAAUAUAGUCAAAUUUAAAUAGUAUUUUUUAUUAUAAGAUUUAGGGAUGCAACGCAAUUUAGGCCGCUGAAAAUUUUUGGUUUUUGGCCGAAAGAGAAAAUAGGGCGAAAAUAUAUGCCGCCCCGCCACGCCCCUCAGUGCUCGGCACUUAUCGUUGCAUUGCAACAUUACUGAAUCCUCGAUUUAAAGAGCAUCGCUUUGACGCGGAGAAAAAGCAGCGUGCACGGGAAAUGAUCCAGGCAGAGCUGGAGGUCAUGAAUGCAUCUGCUGAAGGAUCGACGCAGUGUUGAGGUGCAAACUCCCUCGCUUUCUGACAUGCUUGACGAGAUUCUACAGGAAAGCGCCCCGAUCCACAGCAGCGCCACAGCAAGCGCAGCUACGCUUUCCAUUCCUUACACGUAUUUCACGCAGGUAUUUAUCCACCCCAAGCACCAGCACAGAGAGUGAGAGACUAUUCAGUACAGCAUCUCAUGUUCUUGAUGAGAAGAGGAACCGUCUCUAACACCAGAAAGCUGGGCAACUUUCGUUCUUGAAGAGAAACCUGACACUUUUGUUUAAAUAGAAAGCAGUCAAAUUACAUUAAAAUUCGUGUAGACCUGCAUAACUUUGUUCUUGACUUGAGGCUACAUCUGUGUUUUACAGUUUGAGCUUGGUUUUAGUUGUAUCGCUGCUGUUUUUUUUUACAAUAAUCUUUAAUUAAUGUGGAAACACGUUUACAUAAACAGAAUAGAGGCCUACUUCAUUACUUGACCGCUGUUUUGCAUGUCAUAAUAGAUUUCUAGAACUUUACAUUAUUUGGAUAAUUGGACCAAAAAAUCUGUUAAAUUUGAUUGUUACAGAACUUAAUGAAGAAUAAUAUAUUUAGGGUUCAAGCCCCGAAGGGCUGAAGACCCCUAUGGUUUUCGUUAGUUUUCUUUUUCUUCGUCUGCUCGGGAAGUCUACGGCAGCCCAUAGGACCGCUUGCGGGAAAGUUUUGAAAUUUGGUACACAGAUACAGGACAGGAUGAUGUGUUAAUACAGCAGAUUUGGAGUCUCUAACUUAAUCCAUCUAGCGCCACCAACUGUCCAAAAUUGCACUCGCGUUUAUGUUAAUAACUUUUGAACUGUGAGUCCUAAAAACAAAAUUCUUUUUUCCUCUGAUUCCCUGGCUCAAGACGAUUCGUUUGAAUUUUCUGAAAAACCUACUUUUUCGAACUCGUCCUAGGCCGUCUGUCCGAUUUGCACGAAAAUUGGCGUGCAUCAUCUAGAGACACUUACGCUAAAAACUUUUUUUGAUAAACCAUACAGUUUUUGAAUAGCACGUCAAUGAAUUCGAUGUGAGCACGCCAAAAUAGACAUGAGGGUAUACACUUUGAGGUAUUGUGAUGAAACUUGGAAUCAUCAAAUUGAUCUCAUUGGAUUCAGUGGGGCAUUCCGAGUCCAACGAUAUGAAAAUUUCCCAGGUCGGCCAUUUUCAAUAUCUGCCAUUUUAAAUUUAGACAUAAAAUGCUGUAUUUUACUAAUGACCUGGCGUAUCAUUAUGAAACUCUGUAUGUGUCUUUGGGACAAUGCGCUGAAGGGACUCAAAAAGUUUCAGCACAGUAUUAUAAUGCUAUUUCUAAAAAUGCUAAUAGCUAUUGACUCCUUCUGCCGACUGUCAUGAGACAGGUCUUCAUAGAUUCCGUGGUUCAUGCCAAGAACAAUGAUACCAAUUAUGUCAUGGUCGACCAAACUUCCUGUCUGCUAUUUUUUAAAUAUUUUGAAAACAUACUUUUUUGAACUUGAAAAUUGGCCUGCAUCAUCUAGAUAC